UGGCAACGGCAAAGCGACACCCACACGAGCGCGAGCGAGCAGCCUGUCGAGGAGGCCAUGCAGGACGGCGGGGAGGUGCUGUUCCUGGACGGCAUCGGGGAGGUCGUCGUCUCCAUCGGCUGCAGCGGCCUCUCUCUACAGCCUCUCCAUCCGGGUUCUGUGCGGGAUUGAGUCGGAUUGUGAGAGGGCCCCGGGAUUUGUAGCUUUUGGUCAUUUGCUGUGCAAUCGAAGAGUUGGGAGGGUGGAUAGGAAGAAGGCAGUGAGAAGAUGAAUAUGGUUGCAAAUUUCAAACCCGACCUGUCUGAACAUAACUGGAACUGGUCUCUUCAUGUUGGUCAUCUAUUACACUGCAGCCUAAAUUGGACAACAAAAUCAAGUUUUCAGAUGUUUACGGUGUAGAGCUGCUCGAUAAGGGUCCUAUCUGUGGGCCUUGGAAUACAAGAACUGCUAUUCAAGGCAAGAAAAAUAUUGAGGUUAUGGCAUUCCUUCUGGUUAAUACAAGCUUCAUUUUCUGCAACGUGCAUCAAACGUUUCUGCCAACCAAUAGUAGAUAGAUGCACCGAUUUGUUGUACAUGGGAUUACCAGAACAAGAAAACGUCCUUCUCCAUGGGUACCUUGUGAAUAUAUUUUUGGUCACAAAGACUUGAAGACCUGCAAAAAUUGGUUUGAGCGUCUCAUGGCAUGCAUAAACAAUGAAGGCGAUAGACCAAAGAACCUGAUGGUAUUUGUUCAUCCAUUAUGUGGAAAAGGUAGAGGGGUCAGGAAUUGGGAAACAGUAGCCCUAUUAUUUGAUAGAGCGAAAAUAAAAACAAAGGUGAUAGUGACAGAUAGAGCAGGGCAUGCAUACGACACGCUGGUAUCAUUAUCAGAUAUAGAACUGAAGGCACUUGAUGGUGUUGUUGCAGUGGGUGGUGACGGUCUAUUUAAUGAAAUUCUGAAUGGGAUACUUAGUUCAAGGUACAAGGCUUCUUAUCCUCCAACUCCCGAGGGGUUUGGAUAUUUUGGGAGCAAUGAAAAUUGUGAAGAACAAAAAAGGAAUGGGCUGAACUGUAGUAUGCCGACACCAGAUUCUGUGAAUACCACGUUUCCUGGGAAUUCAACAAAAUGUGAUGAUCAUGAACCUCUUCUUUCAACUUCACAACCUACAGGACUAGAGAUACCAUCAUUAAUAUUUUGGUGGUUUCUUGUUGCAGAUACUAAUAAAGAACCAUGCAUUGGAGAACAGGAUCAUAUCGUCUCUUUCCCAAAUGACUGGUUCAGACUUGGUAUAAUUCCUUCUGGCUCAACUGAUGCUAUUGUUCUCAGCACAACUGGGGAGCGAGAUCCUGUGACCUCUGCUCUGCUUAUUAUUCUCGGCAGAAGGAUGUCACUUGAUAUAGCUCAAGUAGUCAGAUGGAAAAGUAGCCCAACAGCUGAGGUCUUGCCUACUGUACGCUAUGCUGCUUCAUUUGCAGGAUAUGGGUUUUAUGGAGAAGUUAUCAGGGAGAGCGAAAACUACCGGUGGAUGGGUCCUGCACGUUAUGACUUUUCUGGAACAAUGGUCUUUCUGAGGCAUAGGUCGUACGAGGCAAAGGUUGCUUUUCUUGAGACUCCAAACAGUAAUCCACUUGCAGCAUCAGCAGAGGAUGAUGUAACUGGAGCACAACCACUACAAUCUCAUCAGAGGAGACCUCGCAGAAUAAUCUGCCGAACAAAUUGCUUUGUAUGCAAAGAGGCUUUGACAUCUGGACAAAAUUCAGAAGAUGAGGUUGCAGACAGCUCCAGAACAAUAUGCGAGAACCCAAAGUGGGUCUGGUCCGAAGGACAUUUCCUCAGCGUUGGUGCAGCUGUCAUUUCGUGCCGUAAUGAAAGAGCCCCAGACGGCCUGGUAGCUGAUGCACACCUCUCGGAUGGUUUUCUUCAUCUUCUGCUCAUCAGAGACUGCCCUCUUCCCCUUUAUUUAUGGCAUCUAACACAGUUUACCAAGAAGGGUUCAGACCCUUUGAGCUUCAAGUUUGUGGAGCAUCACAAGACACCAGCAUUCACAUUUAUCUCAUCACAUGAUGAAAGUGUCUGGAACUUGGAUGGAGAGAUUUUUCAGGCGUGUGAGGUAUCUGUCCAAGCUUGCCGGGGCCUUGUAAACCUCUUUGCUUCAGGACCAGAGGUGUAGUGCUAGUAAUGCCACAAGUUCCUCGCUUGUUGCAUGAGGGAAGAUCUGCCAAGAGUCCAUAUUUUGUAGACAGGUCCUUAUUCAACUCUUGCAUGUUGUACACUCUUAUUUGUAUCUUAGUAAAGAACUAGAAUACUUUGUCCAUAGAUAUACUGUGGCUUGGAAACAACAGCCCAUGUUUGCCAACAAUAUUGACUGAAUUAAUGAAGAGAAGCUUCCUCCUUUUUUAACAAGAAAAUCAAUGAAGUGAAGCACUUAUCGA